CGUCACUCAGACUUGGAGGAGCAGCAGGAAGACCAAGUUGAAGGCGGCCAUGCAAAAAUCAGCAAUGCACAAUAACUUUUUGAUCAACUAGAAAGAGUUUUGAGGGCAGAGGAGAGACUUUACUGAGGGAAACUGAAAGUGAGGAGCAAAGUUAAAAACGACGGGAGUAUUGAUCCAUUGAUUGAUUGGUUGGUUGUUAGUCAGAGCGACUGAAGGAUGGCAAACUCUGGACUCCAGUUGUUGGGUUAUUUCCUGGCGUUGGGCGGCUGGAUCAGCAUCAUCGCCACCACGGCUUUGCCACAAUGGAAGCAGUCGACUUACGUCGGUGACGCGAUCAUCACCGCUGUGGGUCUGUAUGAGGGUCUGUGGAUGAGCUGUGCUUCACAGAGCACGGGACAGGUCCAGUGCAAGAUCUUUGACUCCAUGCUUUCUCUCGACAUCCACAUCCAGACGUGUCGCGCCCUGAUGGUGUUGGCGGUGCUGAUCGGCCUGAUUGGCAUCAUCAUCAGCGUGGUGGGCAUGAAGUGCACAAAGGUGGGAGAUACCAAUCCAGCCAUCAAGAUGCGUAUCGCCGUGACGGGAGGGGUUCUCUUCCUUCUUGCAGGUCUGUGUACCCUGGUUUCAGUUUCCUGGUAUGCAGCUCAGGUGUCCUACCAGUUCUUCAACCCAAAUACCCCAGCCAACGCCAGGUAUGAGUUUGGCUCCGCCCUCUUUGUGGGCUGGGCUGCAGCCAGUCUGACGAUACUUGGCGGUUCCUUGCUGUGCUGCUCCUGCUCCAAAGAUGACCUGCAAGGCCAGCAGUACUACCGCCAAUCACAGCCUUCAACGGCCAGGGAAUGAUGUGGUCCUGAAGGCCUCAUCAAGCUGUGACUUUCAGCGUUGACUCGGGCCGACCUGAAUGUGAAGAUUCUGGGAUUCCGGUUCGAGUUCCUGGUUUUGAUUCCGGUUCCAAACGAUCCUUAAUUCUUAUUUUUUUAAGAGGCAGGGAUUUACGAUUAAUUUCUCCCUGGGAUAUUUUCAAGCAACAUGAAUAUCAAUUCUUAAAUAAAUGUUUAUUUCCAUAGGACGGGGGUGGUCAGCAACCCGCGGCUCUUUAUUGCCGCCCUAGUGGCUCCCUGGAGCAUUUGUAAAAAAAAAAGGAUUAACAAUGGAAAAAGAUUGGGGAAUUUUUUUAUUUUUUUUUAGUAUGUUUUUUGUUUGAGGACAAACAUGACACAAACCUUCCCAGUUGUUAGAAAGCCCACUGUUCAAUAUCUUUGUGUGUAUGCUUCACUGAUGAGACUAUUUGGUGAACAUCGUUUUGUCCUACUAAUUUUGGUGGUUCUUUAACUCACCAUAGUGUGGACUGUGACGCAACAGUUUGUUUGCAUGUAAAAUCUUCCACUCUUUCUUUGUCUCGUUUUGUCCACCAAAAGUGUUAUGCUCUGUGUGAAUGCACAAAGGUGCGCUUUGUUGAUGUUAUUGACUUGUUGGAGUGCUAAUCAGGCAUAUUUGGUCAGUGCAUAACUGCAGGCUAAUUUAUGCUAACGUGCUAAUUAUGCUAGCUUUAUGUACAUAUUGCAUCAUUAUGCAUCAUUUGUAGGUAUAUUUGAGCUCAUUUAAUAUCCUUUACUUUCAUCUUCUUAGUAUAUAAUUUAGAUUUGCAUGUUUUAUGACACAUUAUCUGUAUGUAACAUUGGCUGCAUUUCAGAUAGUUGUUUGUGUGCCAUGUUGUUCCAGACCACAGCAAACAUUACCAAGCUUGCCAAAGAUUGUAAUAAAUCUAUUAGAAGAAGACAG